GCGUCACGUGAGCGCCGCGAGGUCACGUGCUUUGCGGGCGGGCGGCGCCGGGAUAAGAUGGCGGGGUGCGGCGGAUCGCUGUGCUGCUGCUGCCCGCAGUGCUGCGGAGAGCGGGAAAGCCGCACCCCUGAGGAGCUGACAAUCCUGGGAGAAACUCAUGAAGAGGAAGAUGAGAUCCUUCCACGCAAAGACUAUGAGAGCUUGGAUUACGAUCGCUGUAUCAAUGACCCAUACUUGGAAGUUUUGGAGAGCAUGGACAACAAGAAAGCCCGAAACUAUGAAGCAGUGAAAUGGGUGAUGGUUUUUGCCAUUGGAGUCUGCACGGGACUGGUGGGCCUCUUUGUGGAUUUCUUUGUACGGCUCUUCACCCAGCUCAAGUUCCGGGUUGUACAAAGCUCGGUGGAAGAAUGCACUGAGAAAGGCUGUCUUGCCUUGUCUUUACUGGAGCUGCUGGGAUUCAACUUGACCUUUGUUUUUCUUGCAAGUCUUCUAGUCCUUAUCCAGCCUGUGGCAGCUGGAUCAGGAAUCCCUGAAAUUAAGUGCUACCUCAAUGGGGUAAAAGUUCCAGGGGUUGUGCGGCUCUGGACGGUGGUGUGCAAAGCUGUGGGAGUGCUCUUCAGUGUAGCAGGAGGUCUUUUUGUUGGGAAGGAAGGUCCAAUGAUCCACAGUGGUGCUGUCGUGGGUGCUGGUUUGCCCCAGUUCCAGAGCAUCUCACUGAGGAAGAUCCAGUUUAACUUCCCGUAUUUCCGCAGUGACAGGGAUAAAAGGGACUUUGUAUCUGCUGGAGCAGCUGCAGGGGUUGCAGCUGCCUUCGGAGCCCCAAUUGGGGGUACUCUUUUCAGCCUGGAAGAAGGUUCCUCCUUCUGGAACCAAGGGCUUACAUGGAAAGUGCUUUUCUGUUCCAUGGCUGCCACCUUCACCCUGAAUUUCUUCCGCUCUGGGAUUCAGUUUGGGAGUUGGGGGUCUUUUCAGCUCCCUGGUCUGCUGAACUUUGGAGAGUUUAAGUGUUCUGAGUCUGAUAAAAAGUGCCACCUCUGGACAGCUGUGGACUUGGGCUUCUUCAUUCUGAUGGGGAUUGUAGGAGGCCUUCUUGGAGCCACUUUCAACUGUCUAAACAAGAGGCUCGCAAAGUACCGCAUGCGGAACGUGCAUCCCAAACCAAAGCUUGUCAGAGUCUUGGAGAGCCUGCUUGUGUCGCUGACUACAACCGUCGUCGUCUUUGUGGCCUCCAUGGUCCUGGGGGAAUGUCGGCAGAUGUCUUCCACCAGUCGCCCUGGCAAUGACACUUUGAGUACACAGGGUAUGUCAGAAGAUGUGAAUUCAAGCAUCAAAACAUUCUUCUGCCCAAACGAAACCUAUAAUGACAUGGCCACUCUCUUCUUCAACCCUCAGGAGUCAGCUAUCCUCCAGCUCUUCCAUCAAGAUGGUACUUUCAGCCCAGUCACACUCUCCUUGUUCUUCCUUCUCUAUUUCUUACUCUCCUGCUGGACAUACGGGAUCUCUGUGCCCAGUGGUCUUUUUGUGCCAUCACUGCUUUGUGGGGCUGCCUUCGGACGCCUGGUCGCCAACCUCCUCAAAAGCUAUAUCGGCUUGGAUCACAUCUACUCAGGAACCUUCGCACUGAUUGGGGCAGCAGCGUUCCUGGGAGGGGUGGUCCGGAUGACAAUUAGCCUGACUGUAAUCUUAAUUGAAUCCACCAAUGAAAUCACCUAUGGGCUCCCAAUAAUGAUCACCCUCAUGGUAGCCAAAUGGACAGGAGACUUUUUCAACAAAGGAAUCUAUGACAUCCAUGUGAACUUGAGAGGAGUGCCUCUUCUGGAGUGGGAAACAGAGGUGGAAAUGGAUAAACUACGAGCCAGUGACAUCAUGGAACCCAACCUGACCUAUGUCUACCCCCACACCCGGAUCCAGUCCCUCGUUAGCAUCCUGCGCACAACUGUUCAUCAUGCCUUCCCUGUUGUGACUGAGAACCGGGGCAACGAGAGGGAGUUCAUGAAGGGAAAUCAGCUGAUCAGCAACAACAUCAAAUUCAAGAAAUCCAGCAUUCUCACCCGAGCUGGAGAGCAGCGCAAACGGAGUCAGUCCAUGAAAUCCUAUCCUUCGAGUGAGCUGCGCAACAUGUGCGAUGAGCACAUAACGACAGAGGAGCCACCAGAGAAGGAGGAUUUGCUGCAGCAAAUGCUGGAGAGAAGAUACACUCCUUACCCCAACCUGUAUCCUGACCAGUCUCCCAGCGAGGAGUGGACCAUGGAGGAACGUUUCAGACCUUUGACCUUCCAUGGCUUGAUCUUGCGCUCGCAGCUGGUCACCCUCCUUGUCAGGGGUGUUUGUUACUCCGAGAGCCAGUCAAGUGCAAGUCAGCCUCGUCUGUCUCAUGCAGAAAUGUCAGAGGAUUAUCCCCGCUAUCCAGAUAUCCAUGACCUGGACCUCACAUUGCUGAACCCUCGCAUGAUAGUGGAUGUCACCCCCUACAUGAACCCAUCACCCUUUGCUGUUUCUCCAAACACUCAUGUAUCUCAAGUCUUUAACUUGUUUAGGACAAUGGGGCUCAGACAUUUACCAGUUGUGAACGCAGUUGGAGAGAUUGUUGGGAUAAUCACUCGGCACAACCUGACCCACGAAUUCCUGCAGGCGAGGCUGAGACAACACUAUCAGACCAUUUGAUGCCCCUGCCCAUCCUGCCCCACUGCUGGUGUGGCUGCCUCCCUCUUCCAAGCCCGCACACGCGCUUGCAUUCUGCUUGGAUCCCACAAGGCCCAGGACUGGCCAUUUGGCUUCUCACACGCAUAUCAAGCCUGGGGAGCUGGGAAACAUCUUGCUAGCCAGAGAAUUAGAGGAACUGCUUGAGCCCAGAGCUACUGACUAGUCUCAGGCACUUGGUUUGACCACUCUUCAUCCAGGUUUUUUAUGUUCCUGUGCCCUAGCCUUUCAUCAGGUGUUGUCCCAGCAGUAUACGUUCUGCUGUUUAGGUUUGGUUUAUUUUUGAGGCUUGGAUGAAAGAACCAUCUAGCACCACCGUACCCUGUGCAGAGAACUGCAGUAUCUUUUCCCUGUCCUCCUGUGCAUCUCCCUUCUCCUCUUCCUCUCUUGUUCCUGCAACUUUUGCCUUACCUGUGUAAGAGGGGAAUAGCUGUUAAGGCUGAGAGGAGAUAAUGAAGUUAUCAAAUUGCUGCUUUGGAAGAUGGCUUUUCUGAAAAGCAGCAUAAACAGCCAACUCUCUGGAAAUGCACAUCACUUUGUGGGUGCUCUCAAUUUCUCAUAUUUUUUCCACCCUUGCCUCCUUUUUUUUUUUUUUUUUCCCCCCUAAUUUUUCUACUCUUCCCAUGGGAGAGUGUCCUUUCUGUAACGUCUUUUGACAACAGCUGACUUUUGAGAAUAUUUUGGAAAAUCAUGAGUUCAAAACAGUUUAAUUCUAGUUACUGCCUGGACUAUAAAUAUUUAAUACACUUACAGAGCAUCUCAGAGAAGGGAGAUUUCUUUUUCCCUCUUAGCUGUUGCUACCAUUAUCUCCCUGCAAGAGAUGCUCCUAAGGUACGUUGUGGCACUCAACUUUGUCACCACUUGACACUCCUGCAUUUAUAGGUACUGUGUUCUUGUAGUGACCCAGCAGGGAGAGCCAGGGACACCUUUCCAAUACAGCUACAGACCAGCUAUAACUCUGUAGUGAGAGGAGCUGGUGUAACUUGAGGCUGCCAUGCAGGAGGGAUACUUGGUGCUGGUGACUGGCAGUUAGGGCUGCACAGCAGGUUGGUAAGUGAGGCUGUCUGGCUCUGAAAACGAUUGGAAUGACAUUUGUAACUGCAACAGCCAAAUGUCUGUAAGGGUGAAAACAGCAUUUAAAAGCCAGUUGCAGCCAGUUCACUGCUUUAGCAGGUACCAUCCUGGCCAGCACCUGUAUUGUUCCAGCAGGCACCUGCCUUUUUGAGUUUUGCAUGCAGAUAACUGUGGGUGGGAAGCCAACAUUGUGCCUCCAGGGGUUGCAGUGUUGAUUAUCUUGAUAAAGCACAGAGCAUUCUCUCAGCCAAGAGACUGGGCUAAGUAAUGUGUCCCAGGAAAGCUUCUGCACAGUCUCUGAGCACUCCUUUUAACCUGUUGUCUGCCAUAAGGACCUAGUGAGGUGAGAGAUGCAGCAGAAAGAAAUUGGCCGUUAUUUUAUGUUCUGAAAUAAGGAAUUCAUGUAUGUUGAAGCUUUACCUGACCGAGCCUGAAGAAAUGGUGACCUUUCCUUACAUGUGUAAACACUACAUCUGUUAGAGCAGCCUCUUGACUUUGUGGAGGCUAACUGUUGCAGCACAGUGCUCUGCAAGCUGCUGCAGCCAGGGCCAGGAGGUUUUGAGUUCAGGGCACCAGCUGUAGUCUUCAGAUGGUUCUUCAAGUCACAGGAGCUCCUUAGGUGAUGGUGUUGUCUUUGCAGUCUGGGUAUCUGAGGCACAGAUACAUUCUCUGGCUGUGCUUGCAAGAAAGAUGGUCAAGUCGUGGGAUGCACUUGAUUUUUGUCCUGCAGAUGAGAGAUGGGUUGUGAAACAAAGUGUUGAGACAGAAUUGGCCCUUGUCUUAUGGAGCACAGCACAGCUCUGCUGGAAAGAUUUUUAUCAAAGCUGUUCAUAAGCACUUAAAUUUUUUUUAACUUUUAUUUUUUAAUUCCCAGGACCAUUUAUUAGCCAUGGCUGCUUUCCAGGGUUGAUCAAAAAGGCACCUACACUAAAGAGCAGAAACUGAUCUGUUCUUUUCUCUUUCUUAACUGUGGAGCUUGUAGCGACAGCUCUUGCUCCUCCACUGAAAGCAGUUCUGCUGGCUUCUGAAUGCGUUGGGUCCAUUUCAGGUAAGGCAAGCAAGCUCUUAAACUUACUAGACUGAAGAAAGGUGUUUUCCUGCAGGCAGUACCCAUCUUGUGCCUUCAAUAUCAACUCCUUAGCUGGGGCAGAUGUAGCAUUGUUCUUAGACCAUGCAAGCUGGUAUUGGCUUCUGCUGUUGACUUCCAAGUUGUUUCGCUGUGUGUGGAAUAAGGUGGUUUUCUCUGGAUGAACUGCAGUUGCUUUUUAAAACUUGUUUUUUCCCUGAAAACUGGUCUUGCACUAAGCUACCCUGAGAAACUUCCAGCACACCUUUGCACUCCCUGAAGCUGAAUUAUUUAAAAUAUGCUUCUGCUAACUUUCCUUUCAUUCAAAGGAUUUGUGCUCAAGCUGUUACAGUCCCAUACUGUCAGAGAAGCUCUCAAGGAGUGCUCUGUGUGUCUCCAUGGCAAAUCCUUUUCUUCUUGCUCAUGUUGAGUGAUUGUGUGGAAGGUUUUCUUUCAUUCCCUGCUUUAUUUCUCUACACAAGUUGCAGCAGAUGAUGUAGCUGCAGAAUUUCCUCCCCUCAACGCCUGGAGUUUGUCUUGCUUAAAUCACCAGGCGAAAAAUCUUGCCAAAGUUUGUUUGAGGACCAGCUGCAUCCUCAUGAGAAAGUUCAGUCAGCUGUCAGCACUGUCUGCCCUGCCUGCACAUCUCUCUGAUUCAAACCUUCCUGCUGCAAAGCGCGCCCAUUUCACCCGGUCAGUACAGAAAUCUUAACUAAUGAUAGCAGGUGACUCCCAGCUUUUUUUUUUGAGGGGAAAUCUGAGUGUGCACUCACUGGUUACAUGACUUGCAGAAGGAGAAUUGCAAGUUAUGUGAUGAUUGGAGAUGCAGAAUUUCAUCUCUGCCUAAAUAAACCACUCGUGUUGUCACACUUUGCUGCUCACUGCAUUCCUUUCUAACAAGACCCUCACUGCUUUUCUUCUGGUUAGUUGGUGGUUUACCAAGGCAUUUACUUUUAGCAUAGGUGCCUAUAACCUGUUACUCAAAACAACACUAAAGGAUUAGGAACCAAGAACUGGAUUAGUAUUUAUGGCAGAAGUUUGGGGUAAUGUGGGGCGCCUGCCUCAUGGUUUCCUGUGCAGUGUUAAUUAACUGUGAGCCAUUCCAGUGGUAGCAACUUACCUUUCCAUUUGUUUCUUUUUGCACUGUUUUUGUUAUGAAAUGAUGUAAGCUAAUUCCACGGUGUAUAUAAAUUGUAUUAUUAUUUUUUAAAUUUGUAUGAACUCAUUUUUAUUUGAACGAUGGCACUUGGGAAGUGUUUGUGUAACCAUAUGUCGUGAACCCAUGACUCCAUAACAUGUCUAAGAGUAAAAUGUUCGUGUGUCUCCUUCAGCACUUCAAGGCCUUUUGAUGUUUCUAGUGUUGUCUUAUUUUUGCUCUUUGUUGUAAUAAAACUGAUAGAACUUGGAAAUACCCACGAUCAUGAUUGGAGGUAGUGGAGUAGUUGCUGUCUAUGAGCUAUCUGGAUCUAAGUUUAUGCAGAAGAUGCCCUGAGGCUAGACAGAAAUGGAAAUUCUUACAAACCUUUACAUUGCAACCACUCUAGCUCUUUAUUCUCUCAGAAAAGGUGUUUAAGAGGCAGAAAUGAACAGAUAUUUGAUAAGGAGCUGCAUUAUGCAUGCUGUGCUAGAAGUGACUGCUGCUUUUCUCACUGGGGAACUCAUGCUUUCCACUCUCCUCCACAUAACCCGUGUUUAGAGUGCAAUAUUGCACCUCUUGUUUUACAGAUAUCUCCGAAUGAAUCUUAAUUUCAUGUUUAGCUCCUGUUUUUGAGCAUACAGCCAAGAAGUUGUGGCAAAUUUUGAUCUUUCAUCACUUGCUUAUAGUCUAAAAACGUAAGUACAGUCCUUCAGCACAGUGUAAGUACUUGACCUAAAAGCUCACUGCCUUUCCAUGCUUGAUUUUCUUCCUCGUGCUGCUGUGGUGUGCAGGAUGCACGUAGCAGCUCUUACACGAGGUCAGCCAUGAUAGGCAUGGCCUGAAAUGGGUGAAAGCUUCUGUUGGGAGGGGAUAGCAGAUCCUGCUGCGGGCUCUAAAUAAGUGAUGUGAUCCUCUUAAGGUGCCUUCCUAGGAAGGAAUCACGAAGAGAGUCAACAAAAUAGUAAGGGAGGAAAAUGCCUCAACCCUUGGUCAUAAUGCAGUAACACAGAAGGAAAUGAGAGACAUUAAUUGUCUUCUUAAAACCCAUGCACAUCAAUACUGCCUUAGUAUAGCAGUAAAUAAAGGAGGUAACAGGCUGCCACUCAUCUGUCUACUUUCUCUCCCAGAGCACACACACAAAGAAGAGACUUCUGGUCAUGUUUUCAGGAGCAGCUUGUCAGUUUGGUGUGAUAUCAACCUUCUUGAAGAAAAUGCAAGCAGUGAUGUAUCUUGCUUGAAGAACAGCACCUGUUAUUUGUUUUAUCAGGGGUGAUAGAGGUGGUUAUGAGAAAAGCUGUGCAAUAAGUUCAUGCUUAAAGCAAGCUGCUUCAUAUUUAGCUUUAAGUCCCUUUUUACCAAGAUUUAUAGGCUCAUCAAUUAAACCAUGUGUUACAGUCCCUGUCUAUGUAACAGAAGUCAGUGUUGCUCAAUUUCUUCGCUGGCAACAUACGAACCACCAUCUUCAGCAGGUUUGUAUACAUGUACAGCUGUGUGUCAUGCAGUGCAUACAUAGAAAGAAACAGGAUGGCCACCCCAGGCUUUCAUUGCAUUUGAUGAGAGGAUGAACCUUCUUGUCCAAGUUUCUGAAGUGUGUUUCAGCAGUGCACUGGGAUGCACUCAGCCUCUGUAGCAUCCACUGUAGUGUGUAAGAGUUCUUUCACAGCUGCAAUGAGCUGGCAGCAAGUUGCCCCCCUUCACCAUCUCAGGAGUGAGGGGUAUUGGUUUAUCAGUUUCAAUGAGAUUUAGAGGUUGCUGUAUGUAUGAUCAAGGUGUCCCCUUCUCCAGGCUAUUUCAGAGCUACAGAAAGAAAAGGAUGAGUCUGGGAGCCUGGUACCCACUUGUGUAGGUGAAUGUUGGAAACAGCACUGUGCUGAAGAUCUCACAGCUGUAACAGAGAAGGCAAGACAGCACAGAGAGCCUUGCUGACUCACCCAGCAUCUCCUUGCUGCUUAUACCUGAGAGCGUCUCUGUGGGAUGCCCAGCUUUACACAUUGAUCUGAUCUUUCUUUUUUUUCCUUCUCGAUUCCCAACAUAAAAAGCCUUUCUCAGUGCUUUGUCUUUAAAGAAUAAAAGAAAUUCCCUCUCCUCACAACUCUGCUUCUUUUUCUAUGCAGGAUUCUGCUGGUUCUCUGAGACAUCAAGUGGGAGAUGGGAAGGGAAAGUCUGACAAAUGCUUUCUUUGCACAUAAAAGACCCCAAACUCUGAUUACAGCUGUAAGCUGCUGCUUUCUUUGGAAAUAUCACUUGGUGAUAGAAUCUGCUGCGAGGAAAACAAUUUAUGUGCGAUACAGCCUUUUGUUCAUGAGUUGUACUGCUGGGAGGGGGACAGGUGUGCCUGUGACUUCAGAUUCAGCGCACCAGUUGUACCACUUCCUUUCAUUUUGUUCAGACAGGAUGACAGGAGGAGAGGGCUCGGAUGGUUAUUACAAGUGAUCAGUAAAAAGAAUCCAAGACGGCAGCAGUUUCUGAGGGCCAGCAAUGAUGUGUGAGAGCUCCCUUCUGUGACCUUAAAGCUUCUUCCUGCCUUGUUUUGUUCAUGGUUUUUUCUUCCUUCUCCUUACUGUGAGGCUGUAAUCUUGAGACCCCCACCUCUUUCUACUUGUGCUGAUGGCUGGAAUAGCACUUAAAGAACGAAGCCCGUUGUGUUCUUUCUCUCGCUCUGUUGAAGGAUUGGGCAUUAGAGACAGCAGAAGGUUUAAAGUUGAUUGUCCACUAGCUCUCACUGGAAUGGCAGUGGUACAACCCUAGCAGGGAAUGACGGUCCUGGGACAACUGCUGCAGGGCACACUCAGUUCAUUUUGAGGCUUCAUGAUCGAAAAGUGUGAGUGUAAGAACCCCAGACCAACUGAACUGCUUUCCCAAAUGAGGCUGUAUGGUGUGUAAGAAGCACACCUGUAUCAUUACUGCAUGUCCAAGUUCAAAGGAAAGAAAGCUGCUCAAUAAUGUACCACCGGUCAGGGUUACUGCCAGAAGCUGUUACAAAGAAAGGAUGGAGUGUGGCGUUGCAGGAGGUGGCAAAUGUCACUGGAGCCUGGUGGAGAGUGCUGGGCUGGUCCUCCUCUGAUCUCACUGGGAUGUUCCUUCCUUUGCACGGUAGCACUCGGGUACAUUUUCUGUGCUGUGCAUCAUCUACUGUGCUGUUGGUGAAGGUUUGUGAAGAGCUCCGACGCCCAACAGCAUGGAGGAGGGCUGGAUUUCAGAGCUGUCCUGAGCUCGGUGCUGAACAGUUGCUUGUAACGUAGUUGCUGUUAUCUGCAUUUGCCAUCAGCUCUUGCUUUGCUGCAAUAGCUUGUCCCAGGGGCAUCCUAUUUCUGAAUUGUUUACCAUUACAAGGUACGCUGGCUCCUUGUCUCAGCUCUGACUCAUAGCACAGCUGCUAGAGCAAAACUGAAGUGCCUGGGUGUGUGGCCGCUGGCCUAUUUCCUACACUGUUAGCAGUUCCUUCUGCAAACCUUGCCUUGCCUUAGGGGCAGUUUCUCUGGAAGGCAUGUGUCUGUAGGUGUGAAGACAGUAAGAAUACAUUAAUCUUUGGUUCAUGCUCUCACAGCAGACUGGUGUUGCUUAUUUCUUCUCUUGUGCAGUUCCUUCUUUGUUUCCAAAAAGUUCUGCCAGGAUUAGUUUCCAAAAUGCACAGGCACUGAAAGGCAGAUCCUCUACAAACCUGAAGAAAGCCUCCUCAUGUUUAGAUGUGGAUUCAUGCAAGAUUGACUGCUGCUGUAAGAGAGCACAUCCCAGUUAGAAGGAAUCGCUGCAUCCUUUCAUGGCUGGCACGUGCAGCUGUGCAAAUUACUGCAAUGAAAACAGCAGAAAGGAAUAAAGAGUCAUCAGGUGUCAGCUUCUGUCUGCACGAAGGGGAAAGACUGCAGUGUGGAUUUAGCACCUUCUGUUGCAUACAGGAAAACAGGACCCUCCUUUGGAUGUUUGAGCCAUGAGCCCAACCACAGGUUGCUAGGAAGAGGAGUUCAGCUUUCAGGUGCCCUUACUUUCUCCAUGUGGAGUGGGUUGCUUUUGUCCUAUGCUUGUUUGGGACUGUCUGUUCCCUCUUCUGUGCUGUGGUAGCUCUGCUUCUCCUUGGGUGAGAUGCUCUUUGCACAUAGAGCUGAUCAGUGCUGAGUUUCAGCUUUUCCAAGUGCUCUUUCAUGCACUCAAUCCUAUUCUGACCUGUCUGCACGAUUUCCCCAGGGGAGGUUUAUAGCUCAGUUUAUGGGAGUAGCACUAAAAAUCUAGCCACAGAGAUGCGUUUUUCCUAAAUUGCCAGCUCUCAAUUAAGCUCUCCCAGGCUGCAGGGUCUAUUAACAUGCUGUCUGCAAGCCAAUACAGACCUGUUCCACCGGGAACUGGCUUGCUCUUAAUACUGGACCCACCUGGCUUUGGGUCAGGCAGUGCCAACUCUUGCCAUUUUUAGCACUGAGCUCUUGAGUGUUUUGUGCCCUGGGGAGCUGAAAGGGAGGGAUAAUUUGCGGGGCCUUGAUGCAUCCGUGCAAGUUUUGCUUGACUGGGUAAAAUUCAGCUCCAGUAAGGGCCGUUAGUCUUACAGCAUGAGGAUUGGUUUUACCUCCUUUUAUAGCAGCGUGUGGGAAGUCAGGCAUGCAGGCGUGUUGUUAGCACUCCAAGUUCACUACAGCUGUGGUUUUUGAGAGCUGUUGUCAACAACUGGCAUGGCGCUGGCACCUUGCCUGUCCCAAGUAUCAUUCCUCUUCGGAUAGACUUCACUGAUGGGUGUUUGUGCCCUUUCACCAGUUGAGUCCACCCUGCUAUGAUCUUACGCUCUGAAUGAGCUUUCCUGGAUGCUCCAGUAAUGAGUGCUGGAAACAAAACCCUAACUUGAUCCUCACCAUAACCCAGUUUCUGGUGGUGCGUGGACUCGCAGGAUAGUUGUGUAGAGUCUGAGUUCAAUGCUUUUGAUCCCAAGGGGAUCUUUAGGAUGCUAAGUGAAUGGUUCUGGCAAUCUAAACCUAUGGGGAGGAUGUGGAUUCAGAUUGUAGGUGUGAGAUCCAGCUACAAAAGUUUAAAUGAGUAGUAUUCCUGUCAGUCGUGUUCAGAACUGUGUGACUCCCAGAAAGGAAUAAGUGUUAUGCACAAGCUGCUCGUAACUGAAGUGAUCCCACCUGCCCUCAGUACUGUGAUAGCAUUCAUACCCUCUGAGAAGCAUCAAGAAGCACUGAGCAUCAGCAGCUCAACCACAUGCAGAGUGAGACAAGACACAGUCAAUGACGUAUCUUUCUGUUGAUGCUUAUAGCCUUUAUUUGGUCAGUGCUAGAAAGCAUAUACAAUGAAUUCCCUUUCCUCCCUCUAGUUUGCUUCUAACUUGUGGAGUUUUGCUUCAAUUUUUACUUCUUUUCUUGUAAAUUUUGCUCACAUGAGGGAUUUGUGGCAGUGGAGUGGCAGCUGCGUUGACUGAGUAAUCUGUAUCAGCAAAAGGACUUUCUUGUUACUGAAACUACAUCUACUGUUGUGGGUCUUCCAGUGUUGAGCAAGCUUUUUUUUUUUUUCUCCUGCUCAUCUGUUAUAAUUUCUUAGUGUAGAGAGCAAAAAUCUAGGGAAAAACUCAUUCUCAUUUUCCCAGCUUCAUACUUUCUUGGUCUUGUGUAAGUGAGAUCCAGCCUUGCGGGUACCAGAGUACCAAUAAAACGUAGGCUUUUGACUUUAGGAAAAUACAAGAAAUUUUAAUGCAACAGACAGGAGAGAGGUUCCAGCAUAGAUAUCUAACGUGUUAGUUUUAUUUAAAGAUGGUCUCACGGUGCCAGAGUAAGAAAUGUCAUUAAGAAAAAGAGAGAGAGAGAGAGAGAGAUCAAAUAAAUAAAUAAAUAAAUAAAUAAAAAUAGGAAUAACUUUCUGAUGACGAGCUUU